AUGGCAUCUGUCUGUUGCCUGUGCAACAGUUCCUUCCUACUGCUCAGCGAGUACAUCUGCCGACAUGAUUCAGACGCUGGGCUAUACGAGAUGCUGAAUCAUCCACCGAUGGAACCACCAUACGGCGCCGCAGUCGUGGCUCUCUCUCUACCCGAGCUCGUCAGCGAGAUACUGGCGUUUUACUUCAACGCCAGAGACUGGAGAAGACCACGAGACAACCUGAACUACGCCGCAGCCAUCCGCGUAAACAGUCUAUGGUUCGACUGCGGCAUCGAGCAUCUGUGGGCAAUCCCCGAUGCCUUCAUCUACCUCCGAAUUGUGGCUCCGGAGCGGCGGCAAAUAUACGCCUCCAGGAUCAAAUACAUGAGCGUGUGGUACGCAAGCGAACAAAGACAGAUUUACGCGUUCCAUGACCUUGACUUCCGCCGGUUGAAGCAUUUCACAGCGACGGUCCCCUCGUUGACGUCCUUGGACGUACAUGAGAUGAGGCACAUCUUCGUCCAGUCCCUGCAAACAUUCGAAAUCAACGGACCUCAUGUCUCUACCGAUAUACUUGGCUUACUGCAAGAUGGCUGUCCGAAUCUCAAGUGUGUCCGGUUCUAUACGUACGAGCAUCCAGCCACCACUGCUCCAUUUACAGAGUUUAUACGAAACAUGCCGUGUUUGAAAAUAUUCGCGUUUGAUACGUCUGGGACUUUGGCUGCGUCUGAUCGUUCAAUCGAUGGGGAUUUCCUAUUGAGCUUGGCGCGCAGUAACGAAUUGACCAUAUUGCAAGUUCCGUGGGAAUGGUCAAUGGAUGCCGCGAGAUUUGCAUCGAGACGACUUGCAGACCUCGAAUCGUACAGCAAUGUCAGGCCCUUCCCUUCGCUCGUGGAUCUCGACCUCUCUGCCCCAUCAAACGCCAUACAAACGCUCGCUCCGAUGCUGAGAAACCUCAGCCACCUCCAUUUGACAGUCAAGACUGCAGAUGCCGAUCCGAUAAAGCCUCUCCGGGAGCUGAUCAACCUGAAAUCCCUGGAAGUGACAUUCAGAUAUGCCACGGACAUUCCGGGAGCCUCAUUUACUGGACUUGCAACGCUGACAAAGCUUGAGUGCCUGAAGCUGAAGCCCCUGCACCCCGUGUUGGCCAAGGUGACGUCUUGCUUCUCAGAUGUAGACCUCGAGCUGGUUGCCCCCUGCUGGCCGCAUCUCCGCACCCUUUCGGGUUUUCGAUCUCUUGCGUUUCACUGUCGGAAACUGCGCCGAUGGGAGAUAUCCGGGCCACUGAAAGUUGAUGAGCUGCUGCCAGACGGGUUCGCCGGGGCUGCGUUGUUUCCAGAGCUGGAGUACCUGCGGUUCGACGGGUUUGCAGGCGUAAUAUACGACAGAAACAGCUUCUGGACAUAUGCCGACAGCGGUUGA